UAAUGUUGUUCCGUCUUAAAUGGGAAGCAAUCGAGCAAAAAACCCGAAACUAUAAAACCAUUUACUCAGUGAAUAUAUGUAACAAUUACUCUCAUGUUUGAUUUAUACUCAUUGUGAUAUUUACAAUUUUGGCAUGCGGAAGACCCCGAUUGUUCGAGCGAAGAAGAGCAGAGAAGGCAUUUAUUGAGUGAAAUCAAGUACGAUUGUUAUUUUUUGGAAGCUGCCCAGAAGGAGAGAUGGACGAUUCGAAGAUCAAUGGAUAAGGAAGUGCGUGUGAAGUGAGUUGAAAACAUGGUGUGUGCCUCAUCCGCAUCGGUAGUGGAAUUAUAGAUGCUACCUGCUGCUAGUGGCUACUAAUCUCUGUUAGUGAUCAAAAAGGAGUGGAAACGAGAAGCGAAUGAAGAAAAGAAUAAAUUAACAGCGAGCGCACUUUUGUCAUCGGAUAUCGACUGUAUGUUUACUGUUAGGAAGGAGGAAAGUUUGGCGUUGAGGUACGACUCACAUAUAACGAGGAAUUUUGUCCAUAGGAGAAAAGGCGGCUCAACGAAUGCCUUCGGAAUACUAAUGUGGACGGCGUGAGCAAUCAAAUGCUGUGAAAGGUCUAGUACGGCGGUUUAAACUUUUGGAAAAGACCUGAACUGGGAACGGUACCGAACUGAUCGACCGGCAACCGCUCGGACGGGUUCCGAAAACUAGUCAACAAUUGAAACAAUCAACCGAAAAACGAAACGAUCGAAAUUCAAUUAAUACGAGCGCGCACAAAUUGGAAGUUUCAUUUUUUUAACGAGUCAGGUGUGAAGAGGCAUGAGUUGAUCUCGUCAAGUGAAGAGUGGCGUUUUUGUUUUCCGUGUCCUAUCAUUUGAAUAAUGAGAUAAUCGUCGUUGAACCGUGUCCGGAUUUGUAGUGCGGAGGAAUGUGAUAUUUACUCGAAAAAAACCUAACGUGAAUAAGAAGAGGUGGAGAAGACAACGGGGAAAUAUUAGGGGAAACAGCGGUGUUACAUCGAGAUCGGAUAGUGAUUUGAACGACCAACUAGACGGGGAACUCCUCAUCCGAUGAACGAAACCGAGGAAAAGUCACUGAACGAUGGGAUAUUUCUCGAAGCGGAACAUUUUCAUUUACUGCUGCAUUUCGGCAUGUCUGUCGUUGAUGACUUACCUGAUAGCAUUUUCCUGCGAAGUUUCGUGGAUAUUGGAAGGUAAAGGGGACCUUCCCAUACCGUCCUAUCUGCUGUGUGCUCAAUUUUUCAUUCUCUUCAUUUCGUCUGCCAUCCUCAUCCAUGGGCUGUCGACGGGCAUGUCGUGGGGCUUGCUCAGCUGGUCGAUCAUCAUUGGAGUGCUGUCGGUGCCGGAACUGGCGCUCGUUAUGUACAUGACCAUCCAGUAUUGGGGCCUACAGUCAGCACAUGGACUAACGGAAUUAAUAGGUUAUUUAGUACGUUUAAUAGUCAACUGCCUGGCACUGCUGUGCGUCAUUCCAACAGCUCUAAGAUGGCGCCAGGAGAAGAAAGUCCUAUCCCAGCUUGAAUCGCUCGCAUCGCGUCUUCAGCUUACGACUCCCACGCCGGCCACUCCCUUCAACGCAACCACCAAUGGCAUGAACUCACUGCGGGCCAGUAAGCGAAGCCAAGCCAGCAGACGACCCUCGACCGGGUUUGACAAUCCAGGAUAUGUACCCCAUGAGACUAAUUCCGUUGACAUAGUACAGCAGUACACCCAGUAUAACAAUCUGUACGGAUCGCAAAGCGAAUUCAAUGCUAGCAUUUUUGGGCUAAACCCAUCGCAGUACAUUGGACCUCCACCGCCACCGAUGGCAGCGGAUUGCAAAAAGACUCAGUCUCUGCUCGAUCUGAGGUUUAUUUUCCCUCCGAAGUUUCUCACAACGAACGAGAAGAAAGGUGCCAAAGAAAAGGGAACCGACGAAACGGAUAGCGUUCUGAACAACAAUCUCAAGAACAGGAUCAAUAACAAACUGCAUGACAUCACGGGCAGGAUCAGUAAGGACAAUAAUAGCGUCAUCGAUAUGAAUACCGAUCCGACAUCGGCACCCAACGAUCCAAUCUAUCACACGAUUGAAUCAACAAAGAACAACAAAAUCCUCGGCAGGAACUGCGUCUCGUUAGAGAACCUAGGUAACAUCACACUUUCCGAGUCCCCAUUGCCAUACAAGAAGAACGACUUUGCACAGCAUCGAUACGGCAACAACCUCCUCAAGAACUAUGCCCUCAAUCCAUGGAAUGUGAUUGCGUACAACCCGGCGUACAGUGCCUACCCUCCGGCUUACAUGCACUAUCAAAUGCAUCCAUAUCUCUAUCAGAUGCAUCACAACAAUUUCCCACCGGCUGCGGCUGGAUAUUUUGCUUCACCGCACCAGCAGAUGCAUCAUCACCAUCCGGGAGGGCUGGGCGGUAACUACAGUACCAAUCAAUCGACCAUCAGCUAUGGUUACAACAAUGGCUAUCUCAACAGUGCAAACAACAGUCGGCAAUCGCUGGGCAACGAGUCGGAUGAUUUUCGCAAGUACCGGGAUGUGGCUUUGUGAUAAAUCUGUGGUCCAAUCUGGCCGGGAGUGAAUGUGCAUCUGGAGGUCCGUGUCUGUUUCCACGGAUGUGGAAAGCAAGUAUUUAUUUACUGGUUAUUGUAGUAUUCCUAGCUAUUAAGUCGACGUCGAAGCGAAUAUUGUGCGGUUGCAAGUUAGAUAGAUAAGGAUGGAGUGUCGAGAGAAUCGGCUACUCAACUCACGAUUACACGAAAAUGUGCUGUUAUAAUAAUACAAUAUGUGAAUACACAUUCCGUAACCGAAAACACCAAUAUUGUCACAGUUACCUUUCUAAGACCUAAGAAAAAAAAAUCGAUAUUAUACAAAUGAAAAAAAGAUGAAAGA